AUGCUUGGCAAAGAAGAUGGCAGGAUGGUGCAAGAGAACAUCUCGGGGGAAACAGUGGACUCCCAAGCGGAUGACUCUCAGAGGCAGACCAAAUUCCAGGAACUGGAAAAAGAGGUGGAGGAGAUCCGAACCGCCCUGCAGCUCAGCAACAUCUCUUGCGCAUCAGGGAAUGAAUCUGACAGCUCUGCACUUUCCAGGAUGCAGCUUCUGAACAAUAUCACCCAGACUUGCGCUGAGACUCAGGCCCGUUUGGAGAAUGUCAGUGCCUCCGAAGCAGCUGCCCAAGAUAAAUACCGGGAUCUUCUGAGCAUGGUCUCCAGUGGCUGGAAGCAUCACGGCGGGGGCUUCUACUUCUUUUCCAAAGAGACGAAGUCAUGGCAAGAGGCAGAGCAGGCCUGCGCAUCGUACGGGGCCCACCUGACUUCUGUCACCUUGCGGCAAGAGAUGGAAUAUCUCACCGGGGAGACCAACGGGGAGGCCUUUUAUAUUGGACUCACCGACCAGUGGCAAGAAGGCAACUGGACUUGGGUGGAUGGCACAGAAUUCAACAGCCAAGUGAGUUUCUGGGCACCAGGACAACCUGAUAACUGGCACAAGGCACCUGGUCAACGAGAAGAUUGUGUUCAGAUCAGAUUUAAGAACCUGAAUGCCUGGAUUGAUGUCAGCUGCACACAUAAUUUGAAAUGGGUCUGUAAGAGGGUCUUCUCCUGAGCAGGAGUGUGUCAACCAUGUGGCGUAUCUGACCUACUGCCUCUUUAGUGCAACCUUCUGUCCCCAGCCAAUUGCUGGCUAAUUCUAGAUCCUAUCU